CACUUUUUCUUGCCUUCCCAAGAGUGAGAAACCGAAACUCCAACGGAGAAAGAAAGAGAGAGCAUUAGUGAGUGUUUGUGUUUUGGUGUGAUUCAGUGAUGUGCAGCAAGAACAGUCCUUCUUCUCCAAACAUUCAAACAAACUCUAUUAUGAAGAGGAUACGGAAACCGACCAAACGAUAUCACUCUUCUUCCUCCUCCUCUUCCUCUUCUUCCUCGCUUAAGCCGCACCGCCGCGGGAACCGGACCAAGACGCGGAGGCCCAAGUUCGUCAGCCUGCGUCUUCAGCUAUCCGAGCCCGAGAACAUGGGCUCCCAGCCCAACCCCAAGCCUAAGCCCAAGGCCCUACAGCAGCCGCAGCUCAAUCUCUUCCCUCUGCAUCCGGAGCACCAUGACAUGCAGGAGGAGCAGAACGUGGCUCUGCUCUUCAGCGCGGAGGCCGGGGCAACGUUGACGGGGCUGCUAGAGGAGGAUUCAAUGUCGCCGUCCUCGGCGACUACAGAGGGGUCGCUGUCGGCGCUGACGUGUCCGGAGGAGGACGCCGGGAAUUGGCUUGUGAGGAAGGCGAUGCGGCGGAGGGAGAGCGAGGAGGGGAGCGAGGAACGGUGGGUGUGCUAUUCGGAGGUGGUGGAGGAGAAGAAGGAGACGAUGGAGGAGGUGACGAGUUAUUGCAUGAUGGGGGCAACGACGACGACGACGGCGGCGACGACAACGUCCUUUGGAUUGUUGUCCUUGAAGCUGGAUCACCAGGGGAUAUUGAAUGCUUGGUCUGAUAAAGGCUCGCUAUACGUCGCGGGGGAGGGAGGUCCACACAUUGUCCCUGACUUCCUCAAUGGUUUCCUCCUUCAUAAUGCGUUCCUCCCCCAUGUUGCAUGGGAUGGUUGGGGGAAUGGUGUGGUUGGGAACACAUGGAAUGUUACUGAAGAUUGCGGGGGUAACAAGACAAAUGUGAAGGAAGAAAACGGUUGGAAGUUGGGGCAGAGAGAGGCAAGUGUUCAGAGAUACAAGGAGAAGAGGCAAAGCAGACUCUUCUCUAAGAAGAUCCGUUAUGAAGUUCGCAAGCUCAAUGCUGAGAAACGGCCCAGGAUGAAGGGACGAUUUGUGAAGAGGGAAUGAGAAGUGCAGAAGGAUUGGGACGUUGAUAAUAAGAAUGUUGUGAUAUUACAGCGUUGGAAGAAUUUUUCAUGUCUUUGGUUUUGGGUAGUGCUGGGAUGGUUUCUUGGUGAAAUGUUGUAGAUAAAGUUUAUGCAAUGUAAAAUCCCAGUGGUACAAAUAUGAACAACAGGGAAAAUCUAUAUUGAACUGCUGUACUGGCGCAACAUGUAAGGGGCAGUUUCUAGACCUUUGAUUGAAGGAGUUUGACAAAGUUUUACUAUGUGUUUUAUAUCAAUCCAAGGCUUUAGAAACAGUCAACCAUGUUGUACAAGUACAAUAUCAAAAGGUGUAUAGCUUACUCUGAAGACUCCAACGUAGUCUCACAAAAUUAAAUAUUUGGAA